AUGUCUCGUUACACGACUUCUCCUCCCUCAUCGAGAGAUGACUCGGCUCAGGGUACACCACAAACCAAUCUUUCAAUGUUCUCUCCUGAGGAUGGCCGGGGAUUUAAGGUCUCUUCCAACAGAUCUGCUGAGCGCAUGCCACUUCAACCUCAACAACAGACAAUGAACCAUGAUCCAUUCGGUCCAUCUUCUGCCUCCAAGUCCAAGACCUCUGAGCAGAAGCUGUCCGCCACAGCCUCUACCUUCCAACCAAAGCAGCCAUUCCGCGUCACCAUGUCCUCGGGCACAAUGGGUUCUUCUUCCACCACCUCUGGCUUUCUCCCUGGUACAGUUGAACACCUUAACGAGGUCAUUGACAAGGCUGGUGGCAGUGAAAGUCCAACUCGCUCAUCGUCGGUUGAUUUGGAGACAACUUCCGGAACUUUCACCACCAGCACUCGCUUGUCGAGAUGCAUCAAGGUCUCCGACCUCUAUAAGAGCGAAGAUGUCAUGCCUGUCAAGCUUGGUCAAUCUGGAUACAAGUGUAAGGGCAGUUCCAGAUUUCUUAACCAGGGUGACGUUGCAUACAUUCGCCUCAGCAACAUUGUCGACUCCAUCCCACUCUACAAUGCAAUCCAGAAGGAUUCUGAAGGUCUCGCUGUCGAGUACAUCUCGCCCGCCGUUGCGAGUCAGGCAAGUCCUCACAACCUCCCACAGUCCUACACUGCCCACGAGGGUCAAGUGGUUCUCAAGGUCAAGUACCCAUCUACUCGCAACUCGGGCAAGGGUGCUUUUGAGCUUCAGAUUCGAGACCUCCUUGCUGUGGAAGGACCAAUCCGUGCAUGGCAGAAGAUCGUAGCCACUGAGGCCGGUAUCUAUCACUUGGUUGCCGAGUUCGAGGAUGCUUGCCAUGCUGGUAGAGCUAUUCAGCGUCUCAAUGGUACUUCAGUUGGUAACCCAGCCGAUCCAUCUUUCAUCUGUCUCGCCGAGCACCAGCCAGAUGUUCAGUCGCCCAUUCUUGCACAGCACGGUGGCCCUGCUACAACUCCCACCCGUCGCUCGGGUGCUGCCAUUGGAGAUCAGUCGUCUCUCUCUGAGGCCUUUGGAUCCAUGAACAUUGGCACUGGCCAGUACAUGAGCAACUUCAGCACGCCUGCGUCCAGCAUUGUCUAUACCCCUGCCUCGAGCGUCGGCUACAUGCCUGGCACUCCCGGGUUCAGCUUUCCUCAGGGACCUGUCAUGAUGGGCGGCAUGUACUCCCCGCAACAGUUUGGUCCGAUGACUCCUUCUCAAUACAGUUCCAACGGCUUCACGUAUGGUCCACCCCCAAUGAACCAUCAGGCAUAUGGAUCCAGUAUGUCCUACAGCCCACGGGCCAACGUCUUCAACUCACCCCGUAACAUGGGCGACUCUCGUUACUUCGAUGAAGUGAUGGUUGGCAGUCCGCGUGAGGAGCACUAUGGCCGUUUCAGUGGACGUGCUCGGUUUGGUGGUCGCCAGAUUGGUUACCGCGGUCGAGGCAAUCAGGUUGGCGGUCAGCAUAACCAUGUUGAAAUCGACAAGAUCCAAGCCGGUCUCGAUGUUCGCACAACUGUGAUGCUUCGCAACAUCCCAAACAAGGUCGAUCAGGCCAUGCUCAAGUCAAUGAUGGACGAGUCAAGUUUCGGCCAGUACGACUUCAUGUACCUUCGCAUUGACUUCUCAAACAACUGCAACGUCGGCUAUGCCUUCAUUAAUUUCGUCGAUCCCCUACACAUCAUUGAGUUCGUUCGCGCCAGAUCCAACCAGAAGUGGAAGAAGUUCCAGAGUGAGAAGGUUGCUGAAGUUUCGUACGCCACCAUCCAAGGUCGGGACUGCCUGAUUCAAAAGUUUCGCAACUCUUCUGUCAUGCUUGAGCCCGCUCAUUACCGCCCCAAGGCAAGUACAUCUCAUCCUUCAAUAUGGAUCUACACUGACCAGUGCCAGCUCUUCUACACUCACCAAGAUCAGAACGGACUGGCCGGCCAAGAAGAGGAAUUCCCUGCCAGCGACAACUCUUCCAAGUUGAAGAGAAGCUGUGAGAAUGCCGAGCACGUUGGUUUGUUCGCUCCAAGCGCCGGCCAACACCUCCGUGACGAGCAGCGCCGCCGCCGUUCUCAGUAUGACCGCGGCACUUCUCUUGCCGAGCGCGACGAGUUCUACGAUGAGGGCCCGUAUCUUGGUUAUGGAUCAUAUUAA